CUGGGAAGACUUGCUCAGCACGACACUCCUAUCAAAAGGUAUAAAAGGGGUCGUCGGGCUCUUUCUAACUCUUUACAUCUUCAAUAUUCUGUCAAGGACUCAACUUCGAGCAUUGUUGCUCACUGUCACAGUCGCCAUCAUAGCGGAGCUCUAUCGAACUCAGCUGCCAACACUUGCUCGCAGUCUUAUCAAGCCUACACUUUUAACUUCAGCUCGCUAUCAGAGCACCAGAGCAACUGCUAACGACAUGCAACUCCAAUUUCGAGCUUCCCAAACUCGUGGUGGUGCAGAUCACGGAUGGCUCAAGACCUUCCACACGUUCUCUUUCGCCAGCUACUAUGACGAAGACUUCGAGAGCUUCGGUUCCCUCCGGGUUAUUAAUGAGGAUCGUGUCGCCCCCAGCACCGGUUUCCCUCUUCACCCUCACCGAGAAGCUGAAAUCUUUUCAUACAUUAUUAGCGGCGAGCUUUCUCACAAGGACACUAUGGGCAACAUUGAGACCAUGAAGCGAGGUGACAUCCAAAUGACUUCGGGUGGUACUGGCAUUGCCCACUCCGAGUUCAAUUCCCACUCUUCACUCCCAAACCACUUCCUCCAAAUAUGGGCUACACCCAAUGAACGUGGUCUCAAGCCCGGCUAUUACGCGAGACACUUUACCGAUGAGCAGAAGAAGGACAAACUUUGCAAGAUUGUUGCUCCUGUCGGCACUGAGGGUGUCAUCGACAAGAGAGAUGGUUUAGGUCCCACCCCCAUCCACUCUCCUUUCACCUUCUUCGCCUCCAUUCUUUCCCCCGGCAAAUCCCUCAACCACACUAUCUUCGCUCCCUUAUUGUCUGGCAAGGAUGAGAAGCGAGUUUACGUUCAGCUCAUCCAGACUUCUGGUUACAGCACCAAAAAGGCCGACACUACUGGCAAGAAUGGUCCUGUUCUCAAGGUUAGCGGCGGCGGUGAGGAGGCCGUCCUUGGUGAAGGUGAUGGUGUCUUCAUCAAAGGCGGUAAAGUAGGGGAGAACAUCCAGAUUCAGAACUUUGGUUCUGAUGUCGCCGAGCUCGUUCUAUUCGAGUUGGACUAAAUGGUUUCAGUUCAGAGAAGUUUUCGCAUAGUCUAGUCAUUGGUCAUGUUUAUUAAGUUUACAUACGUAUCA